AUGCGCCUAUAUGCUAAGUUCAUGAAGGAAUUGUUGACAAAGAAAAGAUCCUUGAAAGAGGGACAAAUGGUUGUGAUGACCAGGGAGUGUAGUGCCAUCAUCCAGAGAGGGUUGCCAAGAAAGAGGAAGGACCCAGGGAGCUUUCAUAUCCCCUGCAUCAUAGGCAACAUGAUGAUUGAGAGAGCAUUUUGUGACCUUGGUGCAAGCAUAAAUCUGAUACCUCUAUCUUUGAUGAGGAAGCUUCAGAUUCAUGAAUUGAAACCCACAAAAAUAGCCCUUCAAAUGGCAGACAAAUCCAUUCAGCAAGCACUUGGAGUUGUGGAGAAUGUAUUGGUGAAAGUGGACAAAUUUUUCCUCCCAGCUGACUUCGUCAUUCUAGACAUAGAGGAAGAUGACAACACUUCCAUCAUCCUAGGGAGACCUUUCUUAGCUACUGCCAGGGCAUUGAUAGAUGUUGAAAAAGGAGAAUUGAUGCUAAAGGUGCAUGAAGAGCAUAUAGUAUUCCAUGUCUUCAAGAAUUUGCAACUUUCCACCCAAGAGGAAGAGUGUAUGAAGAUUGAUUCCAUAGACCCAAACUUAAAAGAGGCACCUGAUGAAACACUUCCAAUGCACCUAAGCUCAUGCUGGAAAAGAAAGGAAGAGGUAGAAGUGGUGCAACAAGCUCAAAGAAUAGAGGAGAAGCUACAACCAAAACCUGCAUUUGAGAUUCUCAGCAAGGACAUUCCAAAAAUUGAGGCUUCGAAACCUGAACUACCUCCUAAAAAAGAAAAGAGUCCCAAGAAGAAAUCACAGCAACACUUGCUGCCGCUUCCCCAGAGAAGAAGAGCACCUUUCACGGUGCAAGUCCACCAUGAAGUCAAGCCCUCCAUCUUCCCAACCCACAAGCACUGGUACGAAUCUUCUCUCACUUCUAUUAUCAACCAUGCCACUGCAGCUAAAACCACCACCGCCGCCGUCCUUCACACUUACGACACUGUAUUUCACGGCUUCUUAGCAAAGCUCUCACCUUUAGAGGCCCAGAAGCUAGAAUCCCUGUCCCACCUCAUCGCAGUGAUCCCGGAGCAGGUCCGCCAACUCCACACUACCCGCUUGCCGCAGUUCUUGGGCCUCAAAAUUGCCGACAGGGCCGGCUUCAUCAAGGAGACGGAUUUCUCAAAUCUCAUCAUUGGAGUCAUUGACACCUGUCCUGACAGAGAGAGUUUCAACGACCGCGACCUCGGCUCUGUUCCUCCCAACUGGAAGGGCAGCGGCGGUGGUGGUUCUACGACCCAGAAAGUGGUGAAGAGGGUUGGCUAUAGCGGCGAUAAGGUAGCGUGA